CACGUAAACAUAACGUAUAUAUAUAAUAGACAAAUUAUUUUGUUAUCAUUAUUUUCAUUCUUUAAAACUCCCCAUCCAAAUUUUUUUUAAGUCAAAAGUUUAACGUAGUAACUCAAUUUAAAACACUCUCCCUUUUUGGAUCUACAAGUAAAUUUUGUUUUAAAAGAAGGAAGAAAGAAGAAACAACAAAUACAAUGGAGACAGAAAGAGUGACAUUUGUUAGAGAGAUUGAAGGUUAUUUAAAUAAUAAACGUUGUUUAUAUGAAGCUGAAGGUAGAAGAGAAUAUCUCCCUUUAGUAGAUCAAGCUCUUAUAUUAAUAAAAAAUAUGAAAAAUGUUACAACGACUGAGACAACUAUACAACAAACUCAACAAAGUGCUUGCAAUCGGCCUACAUUUGAUAGACCAUCAGAAAAAAUGUAUCAUUAUGCUGAGGGUGAAGCGAUUGACUGUGCCAUAUGUAUUGAACAAGUAGAGAAUAAUCAUGCUCAAGUUAGAUUAUCAUGUGGACAUAUUUAUCAUUUGAACUGUUUAGGGUCACACUUUAAUCAUUCAGGUGAUUAUAAAUGUCCUUAUUGUCGGAUAGAAGUAGACAAAUAUGCAAAACAACCAAGAAUUUGGGAGCACCCUGUAAAUGGACCACCACAGACGCAGAAUCAAAUUGAUGCGGCUGAUAUGCCACAUCCUGGUGAAUUGGAUUUCGCAAAUUUUCAACGUGGUGUGUUACAGGUAGUGAAUUCAUUAUUUGGUGGUAGAUUAAACCUUGGACAUCCCUUCCGCAAUGAUAAUGGUACCGAAGAAGAUUAUUAUGAUAAUGACGAUGAUUCACCAUCCGAAAAUGACGACCCAAUAUAUGAUCCGCGUUAUGUUGGAACAGCUCAAAUGAAGCACUAUCGUCAUCGGCAAGACGAACAAAUCCAAGACUCUCAAUGGAUUCUACAAUAAGGACACGAUCAAUAUCACGCAAUCGGCCUCGUCCUGAUUCAAUGAGGUGUGUUUUUUUUUUCUUCUUCAAAUAUUUAAAAUAUUUAUCAACUUUUAACUCGUUAAAUAGUUGAUAUGAUAAUAAAUAGUAAUAAUCUUGGUCUAUAAUUUCAUUAUAUUCCAUUAUUAUAGUAGUUC